AAUCCACACUACUCUACUCUUUCAUUUCAUUCAUUCAAGCUUUUUAUUUUUAUUUUUAUUUUCAUCAACUUUUAUUCUUUUUUCUUCUUUCCUUUCUUUUAUAUAAACACCAUUCUCUUCUUCAUUCAAAGCCUUUUCACUUCAAAAAAACUCUCCUAAUUUUCUCUCUCUGUCUCUCAGAAUUUGGCUGCAAAUGGGUCAUGAGACUGAUAACCACCACCACCAUGCUCCGCCGCCAGUUCAGGCUCCACCGCCAGGUCCACCACCACCGAACUUUGGACUUUCCAGGGGACCCACUUGGGCUCCUGCUGAACAACUCCUGCAGCUGGAUUACUGCAUCCACUCCAAUCCUUCAUGGCCGGAAGCACUGCUACUGGGUUUUCAGCACUACAUUGUGAUGCUUGGAACAACUGUUCUGAUUGCUACCUCCCUGGUGAAUCAGAUGGGUGGGACUCAUGGUGACAAAGCUCGUGUGAUUCAGACUAUGUUGUUCAUGUCUGCCAUCAACACUCUGCUCCAGACUUGGUUCGGGUCGAGGCUUCCAACUGUGAUGGGUGGAUCGGUUGCUUACAUUCUUCCUGUGAUGUCGGUCAUAAAUGAUUAUACUGACAAGACGUUCUCAUCUGAGCAUGAGAGGUUUACCUACACAAUCAGAACAGUUCAAGGAUCCCUGAUUGUAUCUUCUUUCGUCAAUAUCUUCCUUGGGUAUAGCAGGGUAUGGGGGAAUUUAGUAAGGUUGUUUAGUCCCAUAGUCAUUGUUCCUGUAGUAUGUCUGGUGGGUCUUGGCGCGUUCAUGAGAGGCUUUCCAUUGCUUGCGGAUUGCGUGCAGAUUGGACUACCUAUGCUCAUUUUUCUGGUUUUAAUGCAACAGUAUCUGAAGAAGAUUCAUCCUAAAACUCAUAAUGUACUUGAGAGGUAUUCUAUUCUUCUUUGCGCCGCUCUCAUCUGGGCUUUCGCUGCUAUCCUUACUGUGGCCGGUGCAUACAACAAUUCCAAAACAAAAACCCAGUCGAGUUGUCGCACGGAUCGCUCAUUCCUGAUGUCUUCUGCUCCUUGGGUUAAAGUUCCAUACCCAUUUCAAUGGGGUACCCCCAUAUUCAGUGCUGGUCAUGUCUUUGGGAUGAUGGGAGCAGCACUUGUCUCUUCUGCUGAGUCUACUGGUACAUACUUUGCUGCCGCAAGGCUUUCGGGUUCAACACCCCCUCCUCCACAUGUGAUCAGCCGAAGUAUCGGGUUGCAGGGCCUUGGCAUGCUAAUUGAAGGCAUUUUUGGUUCCGUUGUUGGUACUACUGCAUCUGUUGAAAAUGUUGGCCUACUUGGUCUAACUCAUAUAGGGAGCAGAAGAGUGGUGCAAAUAUCAUGUGGCUUCAUGUUCUUCUUCUCUAUUUUUGGAAAAUUUGGAGCCUUUUUCGCCUCGAUUCCCCUGUCAAUAUUUGCUGCUAUAUACUGUGUUCUAUUUGGUAUUGUGGCUGCUAUUGGGAUUUCAUUCAUACAGUUUUCAAAUAACAAUUCCAUGAGAAAUAUUUAUAUUCUUGGCUUAUCCUUGUUUCUUGGAAUCUCAAUCCCACAAUAUUUCAUCAUGAACAUUUCACCAGAUGGCCGUGGUCCAGUUAGAACAAAUGGUGGAUGGUUUAAUGACAUUUUGAAUACCAUAUUCUCUUCUCCCCCAACUGUGGCCAUAAUCGUUGGGACUGUUCUUGACAACACACUGGAUGUCAAACACAAAGAGGACGACAGAGGACUUACAUGGUGGCGUCCUUUCCAGCAUAGGAAGGGAGAUGUUAGAAAUGAUGAGUUUUAUCGCUUUCCUCUAGGAUUAACUGAAUAUAUUCCUUCAAGGUUCCGGCCAUGAGCAUAAAUGUUAAAUCUUCAUGCUGAAUGACCUUGUUAAAUAUGGACAAACAAAAUUAUCUAUUAAAGGCAAAUAGCCAAAUUUUACCUUAGCUUAUAAAAAAUAUUAAAUGGAUUCUUGUGACA